AUGGAGUUUAAAUUAAGAAAUGAAUAAAUGAUAGCAUACCAUAGAAAUAGAGAAGAUUAUGAAUCUUAACCAGAAGAUUGUUUAUAAUUUGCAUAUGGUGAUCGUCGAUAUGUGAAGAUGACUAAUUAAAUAUUUGCAAGUGAUGACAUUUUGAAAUUGAAGAACUUAGAAGAAAUCAAUGAAGAUUUGUAUUUAAUUAGAAAUAUUGAAAUUAUAAUAGUCAUAGAGGAGACUUUAUAACAUUGGCAUUAUUAUCAAGUGAAAUAUUAGAUGUUUUAAUGAGUCACUUGUCAAAUCUUCAUGAAAGAAUUAGAGAACUAUCUUCAAGUGCAAUUGUAUAAAUAUUCAAAUAAAUCUUAAGGUGUUAAUAAGUUCAAUCAAAUUUGGAAGGGAUAAAAUAAUGGAAAAAUUUUAUGUUCCUACAAUUAUGAAACUUCUUAAUGAUUAAGUAGUUAAUAUUAGAAAAAAUGGGUAUCUUAGUUUAUUGAAUAUGACAGAAUUUUAACAAGGUAAAGUUAUUUAGAUGUUUAGGAGUUGAUCAUGUGUAUGCAUAGGGAAUUUUGUCACCAUUAGUUAAUAAAUUAGUGGAAGAGAGUGUUGAAGAUUUAUUAAUUUUGGAUUUAUAAUUAUUAGAAAAGAUAUUAUAUUGUGGAGAUGCUUAAGUUGAAGUAUUAAAAACAUAAGCCAUUAAAAGAUUAACAUAAUUAUUAAAAAGAUCAAAUUUUAAAUUAAGAUCAUUAGCAUGUAAGAAUUUAGCUUGUAUAUCCUAUGAUGCAAAUGGAAAAUUAGAAGUUAUUAAUUAAGGAUGUGUUCUUGAAUUAUGUGCAAGAUUAUUAGAUGAUAAUAAUGAAGUUAUUACAAAUGCAACAAUAGCUUUGGCUAGUUUAGCAUAACAUAAUGAAUGCAAAUUUCAAAUGAUGGAUAAUAAUAAACUUGAUAUUGUUAUUAAAUUACUUAGUCACAAAGAUCAUUAGAUUAAAUUAAAUAGUGUUUAAUUAGUAACAAGUCUCGCUGAACAUCCAAAAGGAAGAAAGGAAUGUUAUAAAUGCUUACCUACUCUUUAGAACUUUUCAACUGAUCCUUAAUAUGAAUACAUAAGUCCAUAUGCAAUUCAAGCUAUUGAAAUAAUUAAAUGGGAACCUUGA